AGAAAUAUUCAGUCUCUCCAUUUGUUGGAUCUGAUUGGUAACAUCAAGUUCCAGCCACCCACAUCUCACAAGCAACAUUUGAUCUGUGAUAGAAGUGGAAUUACUGGCCAAAGGACACGCAGAUUUGGGAGAAGCAGCCCCAGAAAUAAAAGCAUCAGAGAGAAGAGCAGCUGUGGCGAUUGCAGAUUUGGAAUGGAGAGAAAUGGAAGGAGAUGACUGUGGGUUCCAUUAUGGAGAUGGUACAAAUGAGGCUCAGGACAAUGACUUCCCAACAGUGGAGAGAAGCAGGCUGCAGGAAAUGCUGUCUCUUCUGGGACUGGAGGCCUACCAGGGGCAGAGGCUCAGCUUGCAGGACUCCCUGCAGAUCAGUUUUGACAGCAUGAAGAACUGGGCCCCUCAGGUUCCCAAGGACCUGCCCUGGCAUUUCCUCAGAAAGCUGCAGGCCCUCAAUGCUGAAGCCAGGAAUACCACCAUGGUGCUGGACAUGCCUGCAGAUGCUCGGCCGGCGGAGAAGGAGAGUCAGAUGGAGGAGGAGGUGAUCUACUGGGACCCAGCUGAGGACAUUGCUGCUGAUGACAUUUACUCUUUCUCCGAGCUGCCCACACCUGACACGCCAGUGAACCCCCUAGACCUCCUCUGCGCCCUGCUGCUGUCCUCAGACAGCUUUCUGCAGCAGGAGAUCAUCCUGAAGAUGUCCCUCUGCCAGUUUGCACUCCCACUUGUGUUGCCUGACUCAGAAAACCACUACCAUACCUUCCUGCUGUGGGCCCUGCGGGGCGUUGUGCGGACGUGGUGGUCCCAGACCCCACGGGGCCUGGGCAGCUUCCGAGAGGACAGUGUGGUCCUGUCCAGGGUGCCCACCUUUGCCUUUGUGCGCAUGGACGUGAGCAGCAACUCCAAGUCCCAGCUGCUCAAUGCCAUCCUCAGUCCGGGCCACCGGCAGGGGGACUGCUUCUGGCACCGGGACCUCAGUUUGGGCACCAACCCCCGGGAGAUUGCAGAUGGGCUAGUGGAGAUUUCCUGGUUUUUCCCCAGUGGCAGGGAGGACCUGGAUGUUUUCCCAGAGCCUGUGGCCUUUCUGAACCUGAGGGGCGACAUUGGUUCUCACUGGCUGCAGUUUAAGCUCCUAACAGAAAUCUCCUCGGCUGUGUUUAUCCUGACUGACAACAUCAGUAAGAAGGAAUACAAACUCCUGUGCUCCAUGAAGGAGUCAACUACAAAGUAUUAUUUCAUCCUGAGUCCCUACCGGGGGAAGCGGAACACGAACCUGCGGUUUCUGAACAGACUGACCCCCGUGCUGAAGAUAGACCACUCUCACGUCCUGGUGAAGGUGAGCAGCACCGACAGCGAGGGCUUUGUGAAGAGGCUGCGUGCCAUUGUGGGCAGUGUGGCCAGGGGACCUUGCAGGAGGGUGUCCGUGGAGGACAUGGCACACGCAGCCCGCAAACUGGGCCUUCGCGUCGAUGAGGACUGCGAGGAGUGUCAGAAGGCGAAGGACCGGAUGGAGAGAAUCACCAGGAAGAUCAAGGACGUGGAUGCCUACCGGAGGGAUGAGCUGCGGCUACAGGGCGACCUGGGGAAGAAGGCAGCGCAGGUGGAGAGGGAGUACUGCCAGCUCCAGUGGGCCCCGGAGCCGCCCGAGAAGCACCGUGGAGAGCUGAGGCGGCGGCUGCUGGAGCUCCGGACGCAGCAGAGUGGCCAGGAGCCCUCCGCAGGGCUGCAGGACUUCAUCGUGGGCAUCAGCAGCCCUUCUGCGGGUGAGAGGCAGUACUUCCUGAGGUGGAUGGAGUGGGGGCUGGCUCGGGUGGGCCAGCCGAGGCUCAGGCAGCCCCCAGAGACCCUCCUUGCCCUGAGACCGAAGCUAGGCGGGGCCUCGGACUUCAGCGAGCCACUGUGGCCAGAGCCCCUGGGCGUGGAGCACUUCCUGCGGGAGAUGGGGCAGUUCUUUGAGGCCGAGGGCUGCCUAGUGGAGGCCGGGAGGCUGCCGGCUGGCCAGAGGCGCUUCACCCACUUCCCCGGCCUGGCUGCGGAGCUGCUGCUCGCGGGGCUGCCCCUGGAGCUGGUUGACGGGGGCACCCUGAGCAUCCCAGUGCGUUGGGUCACGGGGCUACUCAAGGAGCUGCACACCCGCCUGGACCGGAGGUCUCGGCUGGUGGUCCUGUCUGCCCUGGGGGUGCCAGGAACAGGAAAGUCCACGCUUCUCAACACCAUGUUUGGCCUGCGGUUUGCCACGGGGAGGAGCUGCAGUCCCCGGGGAGCCUUCAUACAGCUUAUCACUGUGGCUGAAGGCUUCAGCCAGGACUUGGGCUGUGACCACAUCCUGGCCAUUGACUCUGGGGCACUGAUUAGUGGGGCCUUGGCCUCGACAGGGGACAGGUUUGAGCUAGAGGCUUCCUUGGCCACUCUACUCAUGGGACUGAGUAACGUCACUGUGGUCAGUUUAGCUGAAACAAAGGACAUUCCACCAGCUAUUCUACAUGCGUUUCUGAGGUUGGAAAAAACAGGGCACAUGCCCAACUGUCAGUUUGUGUACCAGAACCUUCAUGAUGUGCCUGCCCCCAGCCCCAAGCCAAGAGAGAGGAGGCAACUGCUAGAUCCACCCAGCGACCUGAGUAGAGCUGCUGCCCAGAUGGAAAAGCAGAGUGGCGGCUUCCGGACGCUGGCAAGCCUGGCCUUCUGCGACCCAGAGAGGCAGCAUGUCUGGCACGUUCCAGGCCUGUGGCAUGGAGCUCCUCCCAUGGCAGCAGUAAGCCUGGGGUACAGCGAGGCCAUUUUUGAAUUGAAGAGAUGCCUGCUAGAAAACAUCAGGAAUGGCCUGUCCAACCAAAACAAAAACAUACAGCAGCUCAUUGAGCUAGUGCGGCGGUUGUGAGCAGGGCCUGCUGUUGCAGCCGUGCUGAUAGGGUCCGGCGAGGCUGUGCCAGGCACCUGUGAGGUGGCUGGUGCCUGCUGCUCAUGAGAAGGAAAGCCAGUGAAAGACAGGGUGAGGGGCUCCUAAUGGUGUUAAAAAGUAACCUCCAGACCAGCUCGGUGAUGCCAGCAGGGACAUGAGAGGUCCUGGGCAGGUGGCAGAAGCAGUAACCUAAUCUCUGUCCCAGCCCCAGCCGAGCUCCUGAGGACCUGCCCUCAGGGCAGCUGUUUCUUCUUUGGCUCCAGGAGUUGGGAGCAGUGUCUUUACUCACUGCUGGCCCCCAACAGCAGGGGCCCCCAGUAUAGACUGGGGUGUUCUGAGAAGCAGAGGCACCCCCUGGAGGCCAACAUUUGAGGCUUGGUCACUCAGUCCCGCUGGCAGUGCAAGGCACUUCUGGGCACUGCAUUCAUAGACUGGUCUGUGAAGCCCUCCCGAUCCUUGCCCAGAAAGCGUUCAUCAAUCACCCUGUCAUGCCCUAGCACUUUGUCAUACUUCUGCCUCAGCACUUCAUGGCGCCUUGUCACUUGUGUGUUUACCGUCUGCCCCAGACUGUGCGUCCUCGAGGGCAGGGACUGAAUACCAUUCAGCUCUGUGUCCCCAGAGCCCGACACACUAUAAACGCUUAAUAAAUGUUUGUUGAAUGAAUGAAAUCUCACAUGAUAGUGGUG